GCGGAGUCUCCAACUGGCAAAGCGUUGAACACAGCAGGGGACUGAAGAACAAACUUGUUGGGUAGAGGUAAACUAUUCUCGUGAGCUGGAAUUCUAUUCUACAUUUAGGCCAAACUUGUACCUACAUUUACAUUUAUAAAGGGAAUUGUUACACACCAAAUAAGGGGUUAUAACGGAUGGGAAAGUAUUGGAAAACAAGAACCAAGGAUGUCGGCUAUGGGUGAACUACGGACAACAUGAUAGGCUGGCUCUGCAUAACUAUUUGCAAAAAUCACAGCUCUUGACUCUGAACCCAGUAUUUAAAAAAUAUUGUUUUGUUUUUGUUAUGUGGAAUACUUCUGAGGGACAAUGAAUUGCAAUGUUUGUUUAGAGGCCGCGUAACAUUAUCGGGCCAAUUCGCUUUGGUGGAGUUUAAAUGUGACAAAGACUUGUUCACGACUCUGCACCGACGGAGAGGACAGAACGUGGAUCUAUCGACAGGUUCGACUGUAGACUUUAGUGCCACAAACGUUCCAGAAAACUUAUCGAAACGAGACUUUUGAAUAACUUUCCAAUACGAGGAAAUUAUGUGGAACCCGUGGCAGUUGUUGUACCGUACAGCUCUUGGCUGCAUGAUUCUGGAAAUAUUUAUUCACAAUGUUGCACAAGGUCUGAAUGUGUGUAUGAGUGGCAGCGCUAUGUCUUGUGAAGAAUGCCUCAUCAUCCAUCCAAGCUGUGCCUGGUGUGCGCAAGAGAAGUUUGGCAGUGCGAGGACCCUGAUGUCACGGUGUGACCUGCGUCAGAACCUGCAGAAGAGGGGCUGUGAAGCCCAUCAUAUGGAGAGUCCCAGUAGCAGCACCACGGUAAUGAAGAGCGAACCCCUCAGCUCCAAAGGCUCCGGGCCUACCCAGUAUGAUGUCAUCCAGAUCAUGCCCCAGAAGAUCUCCCUCAGUCUCCGACCAGGUGACCAGACAUCAUUCAAAGUGCAGGUGCGUCAAGUGGAGGACUACCCAGUGGACCUGUACUACCUGAUGGACCUGUCUCUGUCCAUGAAGGAUGACCUGGACACCAUCAGGAACCUGGGCACCAAACUGGCCGAUGAGAUGAGGAAACUCACCAGCAACUUCAGACUGGGCUUCGGAUCCUUUGUCGACAAGAACAUGUCCCCCUUCUCCUACACGGCCCGCAAGUACCAGGACAACCCCUGCAAUGGAUACAAACUGUUCCCCAGCUGUGUCCCCUCCUUCGGGUUCCGCCACCUCCUCUCCUUGACUGACAAAGUGGAUCGCUUCAACGAGGAAGUACAGAAACAGAUGGUGUCUCGCAACAGGGACGCUCCGGAGGGAGGCUUCGAUGCCAUCCUGCAGGCUGCCGUCUGUAAGGAGAGGAUAGGCUGGAGGAAGGAGGCCUUCCACCUGCUGGUGUUUGCCACAGACGAUGUGCCUCACCUGGCCUUGGACGGUAAGCUGGGAGGGCUGGUCCAGCCCCAUGAUGGGGAGUGCCACAUGAAUGAGAAGAAUGAGUACAGUGGCUCCACCAACAUGGACUACCCCUCUCUGGCUCUACUGGGAGAGAAGCUGGCUGCAAACAACAUCUAUCUCAUCUUCGCUGUGACAAAAAGGCUGUAUGUCAUUUACAAGAAUUUCACAGCACUGAUACCUGGAACCACAGUGGAGAUUCUGGAUCAGGACUCCAAGAACAUCAUACAACUUAUAGUUAACGCCUACAAUAACAUCCGGUCCAAGGUGGAGCUGACCGUGUGGGAUCAACCUGAAGACCUCAGUCUGUCCUUCACUGCCACCUGUCAGGACGGACAGCCUCUCCCAGGCCUCAGGAAGUGUGCCGACCUCAAGAUUGGAGACACGGUGUCCUUCGACGUGAGUAUAGACGCUAGAGGCUGCCCCGCCCCAGGUACCCAGCAGAGUUUCACCAUCAAGCCUGUGGGCUUCAAGGAUCGUCUGGAGGUGUCUGUGGACUACCGCUGUGCCUGUGGCUGCACCAACCAGACCCAGGCUAACAGUACCCACUGCAGCUCCAUUGGACAGUACACCUGUGGUAUCUGCCGCUGUGACCCGGGCUACCUGGGUGCACGCUGUGAGUGCCAGGAGGGUGAGGCUGGCAGCAUGUACCUGAGCGCCUGCAGGCAGGCUGAGGGGAUGCAGAUAUGUGGUGGGAGAGGGGAGUGCAGUUGUAACCAGUGCCUCUGCUAUGAGUCAGAGUUCGGGAAGAUCUACGGGACCUUCUGCGAGUGUGACGACUUCUCCUGCGCUCGACACAAGGGCAUCCUCUGCUCGGGUCACGGAGAGUGCCACUGUGGAGAGUGUAAGUGCCAUGCGGGCUAUAUCGGGGACAACUGUAACUGUUCCACUGACACCUCAUCCUGUGUGUCUGAUGACGGGCAGAUCUGCAGCGGGCGGGGCAGCUGUGCCUGUGGGCGCUGCCAGUGCACUGAACCAGGGGCCUUCGGGGACACCUGCGAAAAAUGCCCCACCUGUCCUGAUGCCUGUGGCACCAAGAGGGAAUGCAUCGAAUGCCGGCUUUUCAGCUCUGGAAGACUGUCUGACAACCAGACCUGCCAGCGGCUAUGCAAGGAUGAGAUCAUCACUGUGGAAACGCUUAAAACAGACGACCCCAACGCUGUCCUCUGCCUGUACAAGACGGAGAACGAAUGUGUGAUGAAGUUCACGUACUCUGAACACGCCAACGGCAUGUCAGUCCUCACAGCUCUCAAAGAGCCAGAGUGUGGUGCAGCGCCGGACGCCAUGACGGUCCUCCUGGCGGUGGUGGGCAGUAUCCUACUGGUGGGCAUCGUGCUGCUAGCCAUCUGGAAGCUGGUCAUCACCGUGCACGACCGCAGAGAGUUCGCCCGCUUCCAAAGCGCACGCUCCCGCGCACGAUAUGAGAUGGCCUCCAACCCCCUGUACAAGCAUCCCAUCUCCAACGACUAUGUAGAAACCGAUUUCAGCAAGUCUUACAACGGAGCAGCCCACUGACCUCCUCCACACGGGGUGUUGUUGUGGCGGGGGGCACGGCAGGACCGGUCCAAGUAGAGAACCAAGAGGGCUGGGAAAUUAAAAAAUAAACUCAACCAUCUAUCUGAUCUGCCGAAGACUUAUGACGAACUGAAACAGAAGUGAAAAUAGUAGUCUGGAUUGUUUCUGGGGAACCUGUGGCCUUUUUUCUCUCCCUGACUGAGAAGGGAAAUUACCCACUGCCAUGACGUGAUGAGAUGUGACUGAAAGCUCUGGUCGGCCCUGUGUGCUUUAAGGAGCUCUGGUCUGCCCUGUGUGCUUUAAGGAGCUCUGGUCUGCCCUGUGUGCUUUAUUGAGCUCUGGUCUGCCCUGUGUGCUUUACUGAGCUCUUGUCUGAUCUGUGUGAUUUACUGAUGUCAGUAGAAUACAGCCCAGAGGACGAGCAGCAACAUUCAUGGACUCUUGGUCUGGAACUUGUUUAAAGAGGACAGAGAUAAUGUGCUCCUCCAAUAUGUCCUUUCUCCAACUAACAAGCAGAUGUUAUAUAAACAAAAUGGACUUCGUAGACAGAACAAUGAUACCAUGUCUUUCACUGACAAUUUGAGUGAAUUUACCAACUUUUUAUAGUACAUAAACCAUAACUCAACCUUCACAUAAGCAGCUAUAUGUAUGUAUGUAUGUAUGUAUGUAUGUAUGUAUAUAUAUAUAUAUAUAUACACACAGACAAGGCAUCAAGUUAUAUUUUAGUUUUUUUUACUCUGAAAAAUGCCUUUCCUGACAGUCAACUAUGCAUCCUUCUUCAUAACAAGUGGAAAUAUUCAAUAAUGUAACGUUACAUCAGCAGGAGUCGUUCAUGACAUAAAAAGAGCACAUAUUUUUGGGUGACGAUGACUAAGACAUGGUACUAAACAUUAAAGAGCACUAGUUUUCUUACCCUUGUUUUACAUGACAGAUGAGGAUGUUAUUAGGAGAGUCUCAUAAAGUGACUAAGAAUCUCGUUGUGUUGUUGUUACACGCCAUUUGCACUCUAGUCUUGAUCUGUUUAGUUAGCCUGGACCCAGAUCUGUUUGUGCUGUAUCCAACCCCUAUGGUCAUUGUCAUUUCCAAACAAAUAGAUACAUUACUAAGAGAUCUGGCCCCAGGCUACUAUUAAGUAUGGCUGCAAUAACCCCUGCUGUCAUGCUGUGAGGGUGGGUGGAGAGGCUGGGAAGGCCUCUAAGCUGUGUUGACAUGGGACAUAACUCUCCCUCACCCAUUCCCACAGGAAGAGGCAGGACUUUAAUAUGGCACUGGAGUAAUGAAAGUGCUUCAGUAUGAGUUGGGAGGGAUAACUCCUCGUCAAAUGUGUUCUGUGACCUUUUUUGUGAUGGUGUGUGUGAGAGAGAGAGACAGACCGACAGACAAAGGGAGGAGAGAAGGAGUGUGUGCGUGCCAGCGUGAGAGUGUUUGAGACAAGGGGGGGAGAAAGAGUGUUUGAGACAGAGAGAGAGAGCGUUUGAGACGGGGAGAGCGAGAUAAAGAGAGAGAGAGAGAGUGUGUGUUUUAGAGAGGGACCGAGUGUUUGAGACCAGGGGAGUGUGUGUGUGUGUGUGUGUGUGUGUGUGUGUGUGUGUGUGUGUGUGUGUGUGUGUGUGUGUGUGUGUGUGUUUUGAGACAAAGGAAGAGUGUGUGUGUGUUUUGAGACAAAGGGAGAGCGAGAGUGUUUGAGACCGUGUUUGAGACAGAGUGUUUGAGACGGGGAGAGUGUGUUUGAGACAGAGAGAGAAAGAGAGAGGGUGUGUUUGAGACGAAGGGAGAGAGAGGGUGUGUUUGAGACGGGGAGAGUGUUUGAGACAGAGAGGGAAAGAGAGAGGGUGUGUUUGAGACGAAGGGAGAGAGAGGGUGUGUUUGAGACGAAGGGAGAGAGAGGGUGUGUUUGAGACAGAGAGGGAAAGAGAGAGGGUGUGUUUGAGACGAAGGGAGAGAGAGGGUGUGUUUGAGACAGAGAGGGAAAGAGAGAGGGUGUGUUUGAGACAGCGAGGGAAAGAGAGAGGGUGUGUUUGAGACAGAGGGAAAGAGAGAGGGUGUGUUUGAGACAGAGAGGGAAAGAGAGAGGGGGUGUGUUUGCGACAAAGGGAGAGGGAGAGAGAGAGGGUGUGUUUGCGACAAAGGGAGAGGGAGAGAGAGGGUGUGUUUGAGACAAAGGGAGAGGGAGAGAGAGGGUGUGUUUGAGACAAAGGGAGAGGGAGAGAGAGGGUGUGUUUGAGACAAAGGGAGAGGGAGAGAGAGGGUGUGUUUGAGACAAAGGGAGAGGAGAGAGAGGGUGUGUUUGAGACCGUGUUUGAGACGGGGAGAGUGUGUUUGAGACAGAGAGAGAAAGAGAGAGGGUGUGUUUGAGACAAAGGGAGAGGGAGAGAGAGGGUGUGUUUGAGACGAAGGGAGAGAGAGGGUGUGUUUGAGACAGAGAGGGAAAGAGAGAGGGUGUGUUUGCGACAAAGGGAGAGGGAGAGAGAGGGUGUGUUUGAGACAGAGAGGGAAAGAGAGAGGGUGUGUUUGAGACAAAGGGAGAGAGGGUGUGUUUGAGACAGAGAGAGAGAGAGGGUGUGUUUGAGACAAAGAGAGAGAGAGGGUGUGUUUGAGACAAAGGGAGAGAGAGGGUGUGUUUGAGACAAAGGGAGAGAGAGAGUGUGUUUGAGACAAAGGGAGAGGGAGAGAGAGGGUGUGUUUGAGACAAAGGGAGAGAGAGCGUGUGGAUGCGCCAAAUGUAAUAAGAGUCCCAUAAUAACUCUCACAGUUGCGUUGUGCUUACUUGUGUCUUGGCACCCUGUGGGGAAAUGCAUUAGCCCAGACCUUUGUGAGUUCAACAGUAAAAUGUACAUUCUCCAGCAUCCUUCCUGUACAGCAUUGAUAAUUCACCAAUAGAGACCAGUAGAUUUACAACACUACUACAUGCACACUUCAUUCUGCACACAGAGCAGGAAUACAGAAAACAGCAAUAAAUGGAUGACAUAAAAGCAAACGUAUAGCCCACUUAUUUGAUGUUUACUCCCUGUGGUGACCCUCUUGCAUUUUUUUACCUGUGUAGUUUCACCUGUGCAGCAAUCGUGAAAUUAUACAUUUUGAAAUAACUACAGACCGGCUGUUAAUUUUUGAAGGAAAUUAACUAAGUGGUGGAGGGUGACACCGAAUAUUAACUAAGAAAGGCAUGAAUGAAUUGGGGGUGUGGCUCUGAACCGGUGCUGCUGUGUCUGUGUGUGGCUCUGAACCUCAGGUGACAGGGCAGCUGUGUCUGUGUGUGGCUCUGAACCUCAGGUGACAGGGCUGCGGUGUCUUUGUGUGGCUCUGAACCUCAGGUGCCAGGCAGCUGUGUCUGUGUGUGGCUCUGAACCUCAGGUGCCAGGCAGCUGCAUCUGUGUGUGGCUCUGAACCUCAGGUGACAGGGCAACUGUGUCUAUGUGUGCGUGUGUUCAAACAUCUGUUCUCCCUCUUAACCAAUAAGCAGAAAUCCAUCAUCCUCAUGUAUGGUCCUCUGAUCAUAUAGAAACAGAUGAAAGGAGGUCUGGUCUCUGAUUCUGUCAUCUACACCUCCCCAACGUAGCUCAUCUACACCUCCCCAACGUAGCUCAUCUACACCUCCCCAACGUAGCUCAUCUACACCUCCCCAACGUAGCUCAUCUACACCUCCCCAAAAUAAACACCCACGAAACCCAGGUGGAAGAAGGCUACCAACUAACAACACCUGCCUCUGAUUGAGAACCAUACUAGGCCGAACACAAAAACCAACAUAGAAAAACAAACCUAGACUGCCCACCCCAACUCACGCCCUGACCAUACUAAAACAAAGAAACUAAGGUCAGAAUGUGACAUUAUGUAUUAGUUGUAUAAAUUCAGCAUAUUUUUGUUCAAAUGACCUGCAAAUAAGACUCAUAGAAGUAACAACCCAAAUGAAUGUCAAUAAACACAUGGAAAUAUUUGUUUGUUAUUCCGUUUUCAGAGAGCUUGAUGGUUCACAUGAGCUGGAAAAUGCAUACUAUUUUCUUGCUGCUAACUGCAUAGUUUUGGAAGACACCAAGUAUAGAGGGAAGGGGGGACUAAUACUGGGAUAUGGAACAUGUCUAUGGGACUGGAUGGGCUGUUAUUUCAGCCUGAAGUGAGGUCAUAAAUCUCCUCCAAUCCCCCGCCAGCGUUUACAGACACACACACAUCAUCCAGCAAGCCAGCACACUCCAAUAUGAAGACAUUCUCCCAGAGCAGUCGGGGCCCAACCUCAGUCCAGGUUUCAGUUGUGGGGGGAAAAGUAGGUUAGCUUGUUAGUUUAUUCUCUCUGCCGGACGAACAGGGACUUACAGAGAGGACUGUUAAAAUAGAGGCUACAGGGAGGAGGUGAGGGCCCUUGGAGUGUGGUGUCAGGAAAAUAACCUCACACUCAACGUCAACAAAACUAAGGAGAUGAUUGUGGACUUCAGGAAACAGCAGAGGGAACACCCCCCUAUCCACAUCGAUGGAACAGUAGUGGAGAGGGAAGCAAGUUUUAAGUUCCUCAGCAUACACAUCACAGACCAACUGAAUUGGUCCACCCACACAGACAGCAUCAUGAAGAAGGCGCAGCUGCGCCUCUUCAACCUCAGGAGGCUGAAGAAAUUCGGCUUGUCACCAAAAGCACUCAAACUUCUACAGAUGCGCAAUCAAGAGCAUCCUGGCGGGCUCUAUCACCGCCUGGUACGGCAACUGCUCCACCCACAACCGUAAGGCUCUCCAGAGGGUAGUGAGGUCUGCACAACGCAUCACCGGGGGCAAACUACCUGCCCUCCAGGACACCUACACCACCCGAUGUUACAGGAAGGCCAUAAAGAUCAUCAAGGACAACAACCACCCGAGCCACUGCCUGUUCACCCCGCUAUCAUCCAGAAGGCGAGGUCAGUACAGGUGCAUCAAAGCUGGGACCGAGAGACUGAAAAACAGCUUGUAUCUCAAGGCCAUCAGACUGUUAAACAGCCACCACUAACAUUGAGUUGCUGCUGCCAACACACUGACUCAACUCCAGCCACUUUUUAAUAAUGAGGAUUGAUGGGAAAUGAUGUCAAAUAUAUCACUAGCCACUUUAAACAAUGCUACCUAAUAUAAUGUUUACAUACCCUACAUUAUUCAUCUCGUAUGUAUACGUAUAUACUGUACUCUAUAUCAUCUACUGCAUCUUUAUGUAAUACAUGUAUCACUAGCCACUUUAACUAUGCCACUUUGUUUACAUACUCAUCUCAUAUGUAUAUACUGUACUCGAUACCAUCUACUGUAUCUUGCCUAUGCCGCUCUGUACCAUCACUCAUUCAUAUAUCUUUAUGUACAUAUUCUUUAUCCCCUUACACUUGUGUGUGUAUAAGACAGGAGUUUUGGAAUUGUUAGUAAGAUUACUUGUUGGUUAUUACUGCAUUGUCGGAACUAGAAGCACAAGCAUUUCGCUACACUCGCAUUAACAUCUGCUAACCAUGUGUAUGUGACAAAUAAAAUUUGAUUUGAAGUGACCCUCAUUCAAGAUAGCCAUACUUCUUCAUUACACAAAGGAAAAACCUCAACCAAUUUCUAAAGACUGUUGACAUCCAGUGGAAGUGAUAGGAACUGCAAGAAGGUCCCUUUUAGAUAUCUGUAUUCCCAAUGAAAACACAUUGAAAAGAGUGACCACAAAAAAAAAGAAUCUGAAUGGUUUGUCCUCGGGGUUUCGCCUACUAAAUAAGUUCUGUUAUACUCACAGACAUGAUUCAAACAGUUUUAGAAACUUCAGAGUGCUUUCUAUCUAAAUCCACUAAUUAUAUGCAUAUCCUAUCUUCCGGGGAUGAGUAGAAGGCAGUUGAAUUUGGGCAUGCAUUUCAUCCGGACGUGAAAAUACUGCCCCCUGUCACCAAGAAAUUUGUGGAGUGGUUGAAAAACUAGCUUUCGUGACUCCAACCUAAGUGUAUGUAAACUUCCGACUUCAACUGUAUAUAAUACUGUACGCUUUCUUGAAUUUGUUCUGGAUUUGGGGACUGUGAAAAGACCCCUGGUGGCAUGUCUGGUGGGAUAAGUGUGUGUGUCAGAGCUGUGUGUAAGUUGACUAUGCAAACAAUUUUGGAUUUUCAACACAUUAAUGUUUCUUAUUAGAGGAAGUGAUAGUCAGUCUCUCCUCAACUCUUCGCCAAGACAGACUGACAUGCAUAGUAUUUAUAUCAUCCCUCUGAUUACUAUGACGAGUAAGAGCUGCAGCUUAACUAGGUCUUCCUUGCAGCACUCGACCACAUGACUGGACAAUUAUCUGGUCCCUGUAGGACUUGCUUUUUGGAAUGUGGUGUCAAAAAAGCAGAGCAUCUCUUUAUUAUGUACAGACCUCGCCCCAUCUUUACAACCAUUGAAUCUAUAUGUUUUGAUCAUGACAGUUUACAAUCUAAGCUAACAGCAAGUAAUUUAGUCUCAACUUUUUCAACAGCCACACCAUUCAUUACCAGAUUCAGCUAAGGUCUAGAACUUAGGGAAUGAUUUGUACCAAAUACAAUGCUCUGUGUUUUAGAUAUGUUCAGCACCAGUUUAUUACUGGCCACCCAUUUCAAAAUAGACUGCAACUCUUUGUUAAGGGUUUUAGUGACUUCAUUAGCUGUGGUUGCUGAUGUAUAAAUGGUUAAGUCAUCGGCAUACAGUACAUCAACACAAAUACUUUGUUUAAAUACAGCAGUAGGUCAUUGGUAACAAAUUUAAAGAGUAGAGGGCCUAGAGAUCUGCCCUGCGGUACACCACACUUUACAUGUUUGACAUUAGAUAAUCUUCCAUUAAAGAAAACCUUUUGAGUUCUAUCAGAUAGCUCUGAAUCCAUGAUAUGGCAGAUGUUGAAAAGCCAUAACACAUACAUUUUUUCAACAACAGGUUAUGGUCAAUAAUAUCAAAGGAUGUGCUGAAAUCUAACAGCUCCCACAAUCUUUUUAUUAUCAAUUUAUUUCAACCAAUUAUCAGUCAUUUUUGUCAGUAUCGUACAUGUUGAGUGCCCUUCUCUAUAAGCAUGCUGAAAAGCUGUUGUUAAUUUGUUUACAGAGAAAUAACAUUGUAUUUGGUGAAACACAAUUAUUUCCAAUAGUUUUCUAAGAGCUGGCAGCAAGCUUAUAGGUCUGGUGUUAGAACCAGUAAAGGCCGCUUUACCACUCUUUGGUAGCACAAUUACUUUGGCUUCCCUCCAGGUCUGAGGCAAAUACUUUCCUCUAGGCUCAGAUUAAAGAUAUGACAUAUAGGAGUGGCUAUAGAGUCAGCUACCAUCCUCAGUAGCUUGCCAUCUAAGUUGCAAUGCCAGGAGGUGUGUCAUUUAUUGAUCGUUAAACAAUAAUUUGUUCACCUUUCCACACUAACUUUACAAAAUUCAAACUUGCAAUGCUUUUCUUUCAUUAUUCAUUAUUUUUAUGCCUGAAUACGAUGUCUCACUGUUCCUGCCUAAGUUUGCCCACUUUGCAAGUGCAAUAAUCAUUUACAUAAUUGGUAACAUCAAUGGUUUUGUGAUGAAUUAGCCAUCUGAUUCGAUAAAAGAUGGAGUUGAAUUUGUCAUGACAAUAAUUUAAUUUAAAGUACUUUUUUAAAUCAUUCUUUAAAUCAUUGAUCUUGGCUUCAUUUUUUUUUUGUUUCGUCACAUAAUUACUCAAUUUGCAGUAAGUCAGAUAUGCAACCAGACUUAUUAUGUUUAUCAAUAAUUGUAAGAAGCAAUUUCAUAAAUUCAUCAAGUGCAGCAUCUGGAUUCUCCUUAUUAAUCACAUCAGACCAAUAAAUAUUUUUAACGUCA